GCGAAGCAGGGUCUGAUUUUCUUGCUUGUCACCUUGUUUUCUGGCUAACCUUGACCUCAAAUCUGAGAACCUGAUUCAACAAAAUCCUGUACAACCGAAUGCCCCAGGUUUAUAUCAAAACCAAUUCCUCUGGGUUUUCUAGACAGCUACAGAAAUAUCACCUGCAGAGCCAAGACUUCGGUGAUACUGAAAACAAAGAAGGCAAAAUAUUAUUGUGCCAGAGGAGAUGACAAGUGGGUAAAGGAAGUUAUGAAGCAAAUAGAUUCAAGGAAUGUUCCUUCACUUUCUGGAUAUGACACCACCACAGAAAAUCUCCCUGUGGUUGACAGACAUUCAGGAGAAGCUAUGGAGGAAGUUGGUGGUCAAGCUCACCCCAGCAAAACAUUUAGCACAACCCCCUACAAGACAGCAACACUCCCUGUGAUAACCACGGGAGAUCCCAACUCUUCUAUAGAAAAGGUGCUGGCUGGGUCGGAUGCCACAACAUAUUCUACACUGUUCACUCCUCAACCAGAAACAGUUGCUGCUAAACCCACCCUUCAAUCUGACUCGAUUGCAAAUAGGGGGGUAGCGUCGGAAUCCACUGAGGGGCACAAAAGAUUUGGGGAACAUUUCACACCAACAAGGAAAGGCCUGGAGGAUUUCGCUAGAACAACUCAUCUUUUGGUGUCACCUUCUACCUCUCUUACAGGAACUGAUGAAACAAGUACCAGUGAUAAUGGAUUUGUUUCAGAGACUCUCAUGAGAUCUUCAACACAUUAUCCAAUGAACUCUUCCAUCACCAAACUUCUCAUGGAGUUUGUAACAAAAGAUAAGACAUCUAUUAUGGUACCUACCAAGCUUUCAAACUCCUCUGAUCAACGCAGUUUGUUUUUAAGCAGCUUUAACACAGACCAUAAACCACAGUCAGUUGAGGGUUCUACAGUUCAGUCCUUCCCUACUAACUAUAAUAGUCAUUCCAGCACCCAUUCCAGUUCUGAUGGAAGCAACCUCAGUUCUGUUAAGUUUAGAGAUGUAAUUGAUGCCCAAAGUGAAGGAGACACUACAGAAACACCUUUAUCUAUUGAAACUGGUACUUUGGGGAGUACUUUUUCCAAAACUUCAGACAAUCUCCCAAUUUCAGGUUAUCACCAGGAAACUUUUAAUGAGGAGAACAUUUCAAUAACCAUCACAAACACCCCACAAGUUCCUUUCAACUUUUCCCAUUUCCAAUCCAAGCUACAAAACUACAUUAUCCCUGUGGUUUCCAUUGGGGGUAUUAUCUGUGUCAUCUUAGCAGUUGGUGGCUUAAUGUAUAUUAAACGUAGCAUAUGUACCAGACAGUCACCUACGAAGCAGGUCCAAGGCCUGAUGUACUUUCCAUGUGACUCUCAAGCUGAGUCAUAUCUCCUGGAAAUUCUUUGACCUUUCCAUCUUUUUGUCUGGCAAAAAUCCAUCCUAUUUUACAAUGGGGGUGGACUGGGGUUAGUCUGAUGUAGCAUAACUGCCAGGUGUCCUGUCUGGUCUCCCUCUCUUUCUCUGCCAAGGGCAAGAUAGUUUGCAACUGUUGGUCAACAGGAUGCAUGAAAACAUGACCCAUUAUAAGCCUUGUGAGAUGUUUUAGCCCAUAGGGUAUAGACAAGGACAAAGUCUUCAAUGUGGGAGGCAGGCCUCCAUACGAAAACAAGACUUUUCUUGAGGAAAAGAGAACUGCUUCUUCCUGGGCUGACUAAGCCAAGCGUACCAUUAGGUUGUCGGUACGGUUUGAUGGCAAUCAAUGCUUGGCAGCGUUGAGACCAGCCAAAAAGGAUGAGCAGGGAUAGAUGGAGGGUUGGCCCCAAAUGUCUGCCUGUCUGAGAUGAAGGAUGUGUCCACCUCCCUCCUCUUCCCAGUCUACUAGGGAGGCUGACUGAGUGGGCAGUUGAAUGUUCUUUCAUUGCUGGCGAUAAAAGAGCAUGAGCCCAGGGGUUGUGCCCAAUUGCAGCACCCCCCAUGCCCGCGAUAUCUGUCCUCCGAACUACUGGGCAUUCUCAGUAGGUGCUGAAUCUGUCGGUCUUUGGUUGUGCAGCAAGACUCUUUUGGACCAUAACAUCAUCUGGUGAUAGUAGGUCUUGUGGGUACUGAUGGGGCAGGAUUAAGUGGCCAAAUUCUUCUACAUAGAAAGGUCAUGUCAUAGCUGGGAAGGAAGUGAAAGUGGUUACAUCAAAGUUGCCACUACGAGGAAAUGAAAAAAAAAUGCUAUUUCACUCUUCUCAAAAUGCACUUUGGUAUUUUAAACCCUGCGGGUUUGGGAAAUCUGCUGUAAAUCAGAUCCGUUUUAUAUUAUCUUUAAAAAUAAUAAA